AUGCUGGUAAGGAGAGAAGUGGGUCGCCGGUUGGCGGAAUACUAUGCGCAAUCUGCUGACGCCGUCGUUGGCAGUACAGGUGUUGCUUCGAUCGGCCUGUCAUCCCUGUGGGGUGAAUGGCACUGGAAACACGUCGACCAAAAAUUAUAUGAUUCACAGAAAGGACAAUGGCUCACACCAGUUGAGUUGUUUAAACCUUAUUAUUCCAAUGUUUUGGCCAACUUUGUAUCGGGAACCUUGAGCAGCAUUGAGUUGUCAGAGUCACAGUCGGUCGAUCUUGUCGAACUUGGCGGAGGCCGAGGGACCAACGCGCACCUUAUUUUGAACCAUUUACAAUUUACCCGCCCCGAUUUAUAUGAGCGAUUGUCGUAUACAAUCAUCGACUCGUCACCAAGUCUGAGUGAACUUCAAAAAAAUACCCUUGGCUCCAGUGCACAUGCAGAACGGAUAUUUUAUCAACACACCGACUUGUUGGAAGUGGCGGAAGGGUCGGCUUCCUUGCUUUCGCCGUCCGAUAAUCCGACAGUCGUCAUUGCACUGGAAUUACUCGAUAACUUGCCACAUGACAAAAUCCGCGUUCGCAAUGGAAAAAUCGACCAAGCUGAAGUACAUCCUGUAGUUGGCAGCGAGAACGAAGUAAAUCAGACGGAAGAGGUAUUUGUACCACUGUCGGAUGAUCUAUUGAAAAGUGUUUUGCUUGCGGCUCCAUCAUAUAAACGAGUACCGAUUUCAUGGAUCCCGACCGUGGCGUGUGGUGUUCUGAGACAUUUGCCCCGCGAAAGGCCCAACGCUCGUCUACUCCUGGCAGACUUUGACUGGCUUCCCCCUCCCGAUCGACUGCAGGUGGAGGACAAUAAUUGGCACCGUAGGAGUGUCUGGGCAAGUGGAGAGCCCAUCGUGACAUCCAUGGAUGAUGUCGAUCAUGAAUGCUACUUACAAGCACCACCAUGCUGCGACAUUUUGUUUCCAACGAACUUCGCAAAACUCGCGGCAUUUGUACAAAACUCUUGGACGAACCCACGAAUGGAGGUGAAGGUAGAGAAGCAAGCUGACUUUUUACAAACCUUUGGCCCGACCGAAGUUGACCGAACCAGAUCUUGGUUGACAUCGUAUUCCCCGCUGCUACAUGACUUUGGAAAUUGCUCUGUUUUGACUAUUGCACCCACAUGA